AUGGUUGCAGUCUUGAAUGCCUCUUCCCUAUCAAGCCAAUUGUCUGUCGUUCAAACUUUGACUGGAAAUAAUUAUGUGAGAUGGAAACGAGACAUAGAAAUAGCACUGGGUCUCUUGGGUUUAGAUUUUGCUUUGGAGGAGCAGCCUUCAAAACCAACAGAUAAGAGCACUAUCGAAUACAAGGCUGAGUAUGUCAAAUGGGAAAGAGCUAACAGGCUAUGUUUGAAGAUUAUCAAGCGUUCCAUAUCUGAUUCCAUUAUGGGUGCUAUACCGGACCACGACAAUGCUAAGAAUUUUUUGGAUGCUAUAGGACAGCGAUUUGUUGAGUCCGAUAAGGCUGAGACUGGGGACCUAAUGGAUAAAUUUAUGAAUAUGAAAUAUGAUGGUGUUUGUGGAGUUAGGGAGUACAUCAUGAAAAUGUUGCACAUAAGUUCUAAAUUGGAAGCCCUCAAAGUUCCCAUUGCAGAGCCUUUUCUUAUCUAUCAUAUUCUUAAUAGCCUUCCUAGCCAGUUUAAUCAGCUUAAAGUUGCUUAUAAUGCCCAGCGUGACAAAUGGGAUUUGAAUGAUUUGAUUGCUGUGUGUGCCCAAGAGGAGUAUAGAAUACGUCGUUAG